CAAGCACGACAGCGUCCUUUGACUGCGCCCAAACAACGAAUUAACCAUCGCCGUUCCCCUGUUCUCAGCUCUUCUCAAUUUUCGCAUAUAUCACAGUCUGCCGAUCUCCCAAUGGGUGCCGCCGCCAGCACCCCUGCACAACCGUCUCCUUCCGCAUCAGCUGCGACAUGCCCCGUUGAUCACAAAGCCCGCGAGGUAUGGCUGCAACAACAUAAGCCUGGAGAUUCACCCCAUCCACAAUCUUCAGAGGAUGGAAAGUUAGCCUCAAAACAGCAGCGGCCGCUCUCCUCGGACCGUGAAGUGAGCAGCAUACCACGAGCUGUCGUCUCUGACUCGAGCGAACCGCCAUCCGAGUGUCCCGUGGCACCCUCCUCACCAUACGCUCCACCAGCCGCAUCGCACGGCACCCCUUCAAAUGCAGAAACCGAAACCGGACAUGACAAGUCGACGGGCAACUGGGUCUACCCUUCGGAGCGCCAGUUUUUUGAAGCGCUAAUGCGCAAGGGCAAUACGCCCAACUCAGUUGGCUCGCCGUCGGAGCUCGCUACAUCCGUAGCGUCAAUUAUCCCGAUUCACAACGCCGUGAAUGAGCGCGCGUGGCAUCAAAUUCUUGAGUGGGAGAAAAAGGCGCCGAGUUCAGAUCCCGGGAGCAAGAAAUGCGGUGGGCCGAAGUUGUACUCGUUUCGUGGCCUGGGCGCCGAGUCUCAGUUCCUAAGCCCGAGGGCGCGCAUGAAUAAUUUGAUGGGGUACCAGCUACCGUUUGAUCGACAUGACUGGGUUGUAGAACGAUGUGGCGGGGAGCGAAUCGAGUAUGUGAUCGAUUUCUACCAGGGAAAGUCUACGGGAGGGAGCAGUGGAGGCGGAUUGGCCGGCAAUGCUGGCCCAGGCAAACUGAGCUUCUACCUUGAUGUGCGGCCGAAAUUGAAUUCAUGGGAAGGCUGCAUGAUGAGGUUCAGACGAUUCUCGGGCCUAUGAGGGGUCGCCGUCUAUUGGCACUCUUGAUGAUAUUAUUUUGUCACGGUACGAAUAUAGAAGCAGGAGUUUGGGCAUUUGCCGGGGUCAUUGAAUUGUAUCAUAUGUAUAACACUGAAGUCAUGUAUAAUACCAAUAUGCCAAAUAGCGGCAUAACAAAUGCAAAUAGACAUCCACUCUAAACGCCG